UUUUUCAUUUUUAUUAUUUUUUUAAAUUUUUGUGCCGGUUCUCUCAUCUGUUGGAUCCAAUAUGAAAUUGCUGCUCGACUCCUCCUCCUCGCUGCUCUUCUCGCUGCUAUUGGCUCAGCUGCCCGUGUUCACGUCCGCGUCCCCGGUGCCGCCGCGCAGGCCCACUGACAUGGACAAACUGUCCAAUCAGACCAAGAACCUGAUGAAGCUCACCCAGGAGCUGCUGAGGGAACAUGCCUUUGACUCAGACGUGGAGCCCCACAGGUUCAGGUCCCUGCCAGAAAUGAGCAACAGAUCAGCCAACGACCUCCAGAAUCUUGAGCUGAAGCCCACACUGUCUCAGCUGCACUCCGACCUCAAGCUGUACGAGCACCACUUCGAGUGGCUCAACAGGGUCUCCAAGAAGCACCACCACCCCGCCGUGCCCAAACUGGUGGAGAUGAUCCGAGAGAUGAAGUCUCUCAUCAACCUGCUGCACCGUCAGAUGCAGCGGGUGGAGGCUCCCCGGCUGACCCCGGCCACCCCGUCCCUGCCGCCCCACCUGCCCUACCAGUUCGACGUGCUGCAGUCGAGCCACGAGCUGCUGCAGCACUUCAAGCUCUUCUGCGACUGGGCCUACCGGGCGUUCAUGAGCCUCAAGCCCAAAGUGUCCGCCGUGCAAUGAUGACCUGGGCGGCGGGGCGGCUGCAGAACCGGCGACAGUGUACGUGGAGUUCUGCCUCGGUCAGAGCAGGAAGUGGACCGUGUGGGCGUGCACUGAGGUCAGCGGCAUCCUGCUGGAGGCCUGACGUCCACCAGCCUGCUGAAGAAAGUCCACCAGGGCCGACAGAAAAACGCAGCCAGCUUUCAUCCAUCCACCCCAAACCCCCUCCUAAAGGCCUUGUUCAUGUUAUUUAUGUAUUUAUUUAUUUAUUGACUGUUAGUAAUUUAUUUAAUUUUAUUUAUUUGAAGUUGUAAUGUGUCACUCUCCUCUUUUAUUUCUGUACUAACGUGAAUUUGACUUGCCCACGUCUCUGUAGUCUUUCCUCUCCUCCUCCUUCUUCUUCUUGUGUCUCACUGAAAAGUAAAACUCGGUAGCACUUCACGAACCCGCAGCUCUGAUACUGACUUUAAACUGAAUUUACUUUGUGUGUCUCUGCAGCCGAUAAUUCUUCCAGUAGAUGUAGCAAACCGUUAGGGACAGCCAAGGCUUCACUCUCAGUGCCCUUAGACAUUUGUAGUGCGGUGAGCGGAUUGACUGUCGACGAGCAGUGAAUCCUGUCUGUUGUGUCGCAGCCUAUUUAACGUUGUGGUAAAGUUGUAUGAAUGUGCCCCGUUUCCGAGCACUGAUGGUCCUGAUUAGAUUCUUUGCACAAACUCGUUGGGAUUAGCCUCUUGGACGAGCGAGACGGCUGAUUUUGAACUUUGGGCUAGAAAAGUCUUUUAUUUUUAGUUAAACACCCAAAGCCUUAAAAUACUAUGUAUUGUGACACGAUGUCCUGUACAGGUGUACAUAAAUGUACAAGAAUGUAAAUUGUUGUAUACAGUGCUUUUGUGUAUUAUGUUGUUUUCUACAAUAUAAUAAUAGAUUUCUUUACCUAUUUUAUCACUAUCAGUUUUGUUCGUUCCCUAUCCUAGUAUUUGUUACAGUAUUGACUAUUUAUUUAAGUAACUCGGUGGAACUAUUUAUUUUGUGCUGCAGCGGAGCAAGUCUCCUGUCUUUUUGUACUUUUAUACAGUUUUUAUUCUUAUUCACUAUUAUUAUUAUAAUUAUAAUUAUUAUAAUACCAUCACGUUUAAAUUAUUGUUGUACCAUCAAGAUGCCUCUUCCACACACUGAUUGGCCUCAAUGUGAAAUAUGUGCCUUGGUGAAAUAAAUACUAAAGAAUGUG